UAAUUCUUUUUCGUUUUAGACCGAAUUAUAUAUAUACACUGAUUAAGAACUAUCACAAGGAUAACAACCAAAAAACAAAGAAAAAGAAAAAAUGGAGGGAAAACAAUUUCCAUUUUAUCUUCUUCUGUUGUUUUCAUGGCUUAUCGUCAAUCAAGUAGCAUCAGAUAUACCAACAACCAAGAAAGGCUGUGAUCCACAAUGUGGAAAUGUUAGCAUCCCAUUCCCUUUUGGGAUCAAACAGGGCUGUUUCCUGGACGAAUGGUUCGAAAUCGUUUGCCAAAACGACAACUCAUCGAACACCAUUCCGAAACCCAUUUUGAACAGAACAAAACUAGAAGUGAUCGAGAUCUCUGUCGAAGGCACUCUUCAGGUGAGGAACCCAAUCACCUUUUUGAAUUGCAGUGACAAGCAAAUCCACCAAAGCGCUAACUUAGAAGGAAGCCCUUUUAAGUACUCUCAAAACAACAAGUUCGCAGCCGUUGGUUGCGGAGCCAUUGCUUUGAUGAAUUCCGGCGAAGCAUCCAUUGGUGGAUGCUCCUCCAUUUGUAAUAACACGGCUUAUGGUAAUAGCUGCAAUGGUAUAAAUUGCUGCCAGACAACCAUACCAUCAAAUCUCAAAUCAUUCAAUACCAUUUUUCUCAACCUUCCGGGUGAGGGUAGCGGAAAUCAAUGUAAGUUUGCAUUCAUGGCGGACCAACGGUGGUUGGAAUCCGGUUCGACAAAUAUUUCUGCAAUCCAAGACAUGGUUGAUGUUCCUGUGGAGCUUAACUGGGAGCUGUAUCAUUAUUCAACCUAUGAUAUAUUUGGAACUUUUGUGGAGACCAAUAGCUCUGGUUCUUCAGAAUACAAUUGCUCUACGAACAUUGCAACCUCCGAAUAUGGUUGUUAUGCAAAUUCAUCUUGCGAUGUUUACAUUGUAAAUGCAAAUCAGCAAAGGCUUCAGUGCACAUGCGGGUCGUCAUGGGCCUUCGAAGGAAACCCGUAUCUUCUUCAAGGAUGUAAAGGUAAAAUAUCAUAA